AUAAUUUAAAACUCAUGGUAAAUCAAAUAAAUAAUUUAUUAUUUUCAAGAUUAAUAUCCUGUCCCUAGUUUCUAAUCCACUUUUUAAAAACCUUGUUUUUACACCAGACAAACAAUAAGCAUAUUACUGGUUUAGGGUUCAUGUUCUUGUUUUAGAAUUCUAUCCAUUAUCUAACUAAUCAGAAAAUGAGAAUCAUUAUUUUCUAUAAUUUUAUAUAAUUUAAUGA